CCUACCCCUCGCAGAGCUGAUUUUCCAAGUGUCUGUUCUGGCCUUGCUUCUUGUGUAUCCUUGGCUAUAGCUUUAAAGUGAAAAAUUGGCUGUGAUGGCAGGAGGCCCCCCUAGCAUCAAGGAGGAGAUGGAAACAUCCAUGGCUGAAGAGCUGGUUCCUGAAAGCUAUAUGCAAAGCCAAGAGCACCUGGUGAUAGCAGAAAUGAUGGCACGUGGAUCCCAGUCCCUGGGUACCUCUCAGCGGCGACAAAAGUUGGAUCCAAAGGCUGCUGGCUCUGGUGCACGUCAACCGGCUUGGAAUAUGACUGCCACCCGGCCCAAGAAAGCGGGGCCCCAGCUGCCAUUGCCCAGAAUGUUGAGAGAACAAGGCCAUGGCAAUGCUCACCCUCAGGAGUAUCCUGGUGGCUUCCAGAACAUGAGGUUCCAUUAUGAGCGUGACCCAGAGGCAGAUAUGGUGGCAGAGAUUGGCUUGGAAGAGCUAAAUGGAUUGGAGAUGGAAGUCAUGAGAAGACAGCUGCACGUGAUCACCGGCCGGCUGCGUGCCUUGGAGGAGCAGGGUGCUACCUGGCGCCACAGGGAUGCUCUGUUCUUCACCAUGCUGGUGUCGGCCUGCAUUGCCAACCUGUGGCUGUGGAUGCGCCAGUGACGUCUCACGCCGCCUGAGCCCGCUUCUCCUUCCUCUUCUUCCCUUUUCUCCCUGGGCUGCCCUUGCCCAUCUUCCUUAGCAGCACUGGAGCCAUUUCCCAACUCUGGUUACACCGCUUGCCUGGAGCAGGCCCUAGCUGCUGGGAGGUAAAAGAAGUGUGACAUUCCGAAGGUCUGCAAGGGCUGAAAUGUAGCCACUUUGGAGGCUGAGGUGGGUGGCAUCUCGUCUCCACAGUAACACCAGUGGCAAGUGCUUCCUGCUUGCCUAUCAGGGCUUCGUGGUGACUGUCCCAGAGCUGAACCUUGCCUCUGUGCCCUCAUCAUCCCUUCUGUUCCAUCCUCUGUGGCAGGGGCUUGGCUGUGCUUUCCCAGUUUUCUUCCACUUUGUGUACAGGGCUCUACACAGAAAAUGCGCUCAAUAAAAGUUCACUGAUGGC